AGCUAGCUAGUAUAGGGGCCUCCACCAACCCGUUCUCAUCUCUGCUAUCCCUUCCUAUCACUGAAUAACAAGCAAGUUACCCCGGCCGGCCUCUCUCCCAACCUUUAUAUAUAGACCAUCCAGGGCUGCACCUUUGUUUGUUCAUCACCUACUAAUUAAACCAUCCAAAGAGGCUAACGAAAUCUCGAUUGGUGUGCGACAGAUAUCAAUAUAUAUAUCCAAGCUAUAUGUAUAGCUAGCUUGUGAGACCUUCAUCACAAGCAGGUCAUCGUUGACGCAACAAUCCUCGUCCGCUUCGAGCUCGUCGACGCUCGACGGCAAUGGAGGACUACGACUACGAGCCGCCGUUGAUGGCCACGUACAGGCAUCUCUUGGACAGUCACCCGCACCGACUGGACGUCGUCGAUCAUCGGAGCGGCGCCGACGACGACGAGGAGGGCUUCCUCCUCCCGGUGAUCGACCUUUCCAGCCUGCUGGAGCAGUCAUCAUCAGGCGCCGAGGCAGCAGCAGAGCAGUGCCGGGCGUCCAUCGUGCGCGCCGCCUCGGAGUGGGGCUUCUUCCAGGUGACCAACCACGGCGUGCCGCAGGCGCUGCUGGACGAGCUGCACCAGGCGCAGGUCGCCGUCUUCCGCCGGCCCUUCCACCUCAAGGCGAGCCAGCCGCUGCUGGACUUCUCGCCGGAGAGCUACCGCUGGGGCACACCCACCGCAACGUGCCUCGACCAACUCUCGUGGUCCGAGGCCUACCACAUCCCCACGACCAAUACGACGGCGGCGGCUGACGACAAGACCAGGCUCGUGGUGGAGGAGGUGUCCACGGCGAUGUCGAAGCUGGCGCAGCGGCUGGCAGGGAUCCUCGUCGCAGACCUGCUGCUGGGCGACAGUAGCAUCGGCGACGGCGAGGACGACGACACGGCAGCGGCGGUGGUGUCGCGGUGCACGCGGAGCACCUGCUUCCUAAGGCUGAACCGGUACCCGCCGUGCCCGGCGCCCAGCGGCGCCUACGGGCUGUGCCCGCACACGGACAGCGACUUCCUCACCAUCCUGCACCAGGACGGCGUCGGCGGCCUCCAGCUCGUCAAGGCCGGGCGGUGGGUCGCCGUCAAGCCCAACCCCGGCGCGCUCAUCGUCAACGUGGGCGACCUCCUGCAGGCGUGGAGCAACGACCGGUACCGGAGCGUCGAGCACCGGGUCAUGGCCAGCGACGCGCGGGAGCGGUUCUCCGUCGCCUUCUUCCUCUGCCCCAGCUACGACACGCUCGUCCGGCCACGCUGCGGCGCCGGCGGACCUCCUCGCUACGAGAGCUUCACCUUCGGGGAGUACCGGAACCAGAUCAGGGAGGACGUCAGGCUCACGGGCCGAAAGCUCGGCCUGCAACGCUUUCGCAAACCAGAGUAACUAGGCCCGCCCAACACUUCGACGUGUGGGCUACUAUUAUUACUCACUACGUUGGGCUUUCAUAUAUUUGAUGGGUACAAGUGACACAGUAACGUAUAAGUAUGAGCCCAGUAGGCUAAAAGGGCCUCUAGAGAUACACGGCCCUUAUUAUUUGGUGUAUGUACUACUAGUCACUCCCACAAGAAAAGGUAAAAGUUGCUCCAAAGAAGAAUGUACAUAUGGCUCAAGUUACUAGCUCUCUGUCUCAACUUAAUGUAUAUAAAUGAUGGUCCA